AGGUACUAGCGCGGUGCCAGCUUUCUGAGAACCAGUGAGAGAGAAGGCGACCCACAGUGAAACAUAAUUUUGGUAGCUUGUCGACAUCACAGUUAGAAAACGGUACCCAGCAAGAUGGCUGAUCCUAAUAAUGGUGUCAUGUUGGCAUAUCAGUAUGUUAUGACCAAUGAAUAUGGACUACAGCUCAAUCAACCAGUAACACAACUGAAGAAACUUGACGAAAGGAACCAAAUCAAAAUACUCGCCAUUGGCAAGGAGAAUACGAAACCAACCAAAGCCUUCCUGUUGAUUGGCCAAACAGGAGCCGGUAAGACCAGGCUGUUGAAUGCGAUGAUUAACUACAUUAUGAAAGUCAAAUUUGAGGGUAAUUGUAGAUAUACCGUAAAGGAUGAAAUAGGCACCAUGCCGAAAACCCAGACUGAAAGCCAGACAGAGUUUGUGACUGGUUAUCUCAUCUAUCAGCAACCCGGGAUGACAGUCGAUUGCAACUACCUAAUCAUUGACACUCCAGGGCUAGGGGACACAAGGGGGAGUGAACAGCAGCAUAGGAUAAAGAAACAAAUGGAAGUUUUCUUAACAGACGAGACAUUUGAAAUCAGUGAACUCCAUUGCCUCGGUUUUGUUGUCAAUGGAACAAUCAAUAGGUCUCAUGCUUACCUAAAGGAAAUUGUUACGGAGUUCGAGUCAUUGUUUGGAAAGGACACAGUUAAAAUCACUAAGAUUCUGGCAACACACACUGACGAUGAUACACCAGCAGUCAGCAAAGUCUUAGAUGAUAUGAAUAUCAAAGCAGAUAAACUAUAUACCUUUGAUAAUGGCGUUCUGUAUUGUAGUAACCAAGGAAAAAAAGCAAAACUUAGCCAAAUGCAAUGGGAAAUUCUUACUAGCAAGUAUGAAGAAUUUUUCGAAGACAUGCUGGUCGCUAAACCAUGCAGUCUGAGGCUGUGCAAAGAAGCCAUUAAAGAGAAGAUGAAUCUUGAGAGAUCAUUGCUGAUGUUGAAAAGGCACAUAAACAAUAAAGUGAAGGCCCUGUUGCAAUGUAGGAACAAUCGAAAGCUGUAUGAAGAAUACUAUACUGCCAUUAAACGCAAUGAGGAAUUUGAACGUGAAGAGACAAUCACUGUGAAAGAGAGAUUUCCCAUCAACGGGCGUUUCACUCACGCCCAUAACUGCCCCAUAUGUGAGCAGACAUGUGUAUACCCUUGCACUAUUUUUAGUUGUUGGUGUCCCAGGGGAGAAGAACCUUGUGACUUUUGUCCUUGCAGCAAGAAUUGCCACGAGAGGGAAGACGAAACAAUCGAAAGCAGACAAGAAAAAAGACAUAUCACAAACGAACAGAUGAGAGACAAAUACGAAGGGGCAAAAUCAAGCCUGCAGAAUAUGGAGGAACUUAUGGAAACACUACAAGAAGAAACUGACUACCACACCAAGCAAAUGGCUAUUUACAUCAAGACAAUUGUCAGCCACAUUGAGCGAAUCAAUGAGAUUGCAAGGAACCCAAAUCGCAAGGCUACUGAAGACUAUCUUAGUGAGCUCAUUAGCAAUGUAAAAGAGACGAUGGUAAGGGGUACUUCAGAUGCAUCAGAUCGACAGUACAUAACUGAGAUGUUGGAUGCACUUCCAGAGCAAAUAGACCAAAUAGUACUCGAGGUAACAAGCAAGAAGACAAGUAUAAGUGAUCGGUUCAAAGCAAUGACUUCUUAUGCUAAACAUAAUAUAAACCCAUUUGGAAGAAGUGGACAGUAAAAUAGAAAAAGAAAAGGAAACGGAAUAUAGAAGCAAGAGGUUUCCAUCUUUCCAUUAUUCCUUGGCCAUUUUCGUAGUUGUCGAGUUCCUAUUUUAUCUGAAUUAGGCCAUAUCAGUAUUUCAGCGACGGAAAAUUGCAACAAGUAUAUAGCUUUGGAUAGGAUUUUUAUAGAGAUUUCUUAUUUUUCUUUCUUUCUUUUCCUUUC